AUGGCUUUUGCAGCUUAUCGACCGGAUCCGUCCUACCGGGCGGGUUUAUACUCUCUCAAGAGGAAGAACUUUGAACCCACUCCUCCUCCUUCACCCAAGCACCAGGAACGCGAACAAUCCUACAUCAGCAUCUCAUCUGACGAAGAUGAAGAUGUACCAGCCAUUCAGUUCGGUUCAGGACCGAGGCUCUGCCCGGAGCAGCAAAACCUCGUCAAUCUCAUCAUGAGCGGUCGUAACGUUUUCUUCACCGGAUCAGCAGGUUGCGGAAAAUCAACAGCCCUCAAAACUGCCAUCCGUCUACUCGAAAAACAACAACUAAAUGUGUUUGUCACCGCACCAACCGGCAUUGCAGCUUUGAACGUCGGCGGCAUUACACUGCAUAGCUAUAUGGGUUGGAAUACUACCGACGCGGCCCAAAGUCUGAGGGCUGUCAUUGUCAAGGCAACACAAAAGAGAAGAACCUCAGGUGGCAACAAGGCACCGAACCCGACUGCCAAACGUCUACGACAAACAGAUGUUCUCAUCAUCGACGAGAUCAGUAUGAUUGAAAACAACUUCAUCACACGAGUGGAAGCUUGUUUACGCGAUAUCCGUGGUGGCUCUUGGGGAGGCCUGCAAAUCAUCGUCACAGGAGACUUUUGUCAGCUACCCCCCGUGAAACCAUUUGAGCACUGCGUAGAGUGCGGAGCUCAUCGGAUCAAGUGGCGCGAGAACGAUCAAGGGAAAAUGUGGUGUCCCAAUGGUCACGGCCCCUGGAUGGAAGAGGAUAAAUGGGCUUUCAGGAGUCCUGCCUGGAAAGCUGCAAACUUUGCCUGCGUCAAUCUCCACGAAAUUCACAGACAAAACGACGAAGUAUUCAUCAAAAUUCUGCAGAAAUGUCGCCUUGGUAUCCCCUUUACGGAAGACGAUUAUCAAAUUCUGUUCAACCACGAGACGGAGCCAAACAUGGAGGAAACCGCUACACAACUGUACUGUCUGAAACGGGACGCUGCAGUCAAGAAUGCGCAGAAGUUCAAGCAGAUUGUCGAUCACGAAACGUAUGAAUACAAGGCUCUUGACAACAUCAUAUUUCCCGAAGGCUGGCAGGGGAAGAAGGAGUGGUACAACAAACGUAAAACAUCUGACAAUACUUUGGCGAAGCUCGACGACCAUCGUUUCAAUCCAAAAGUGGAGACGAAGGAGUCACAACUCGUCGUUCUCCAAGUCAACCUCAACCAGGAAAAAGGUCUCGUGAACGGCAGCCAAGGUUUUAUCGUCGGCUAUGACCCCAUCAAACUAGAUGAAUUACCUAACAUCGAGGGUCCUGACGCGGAACUGAGAAUGGCGGAAGCCCGCAAAUUCACACACCAAUACAUGAAAGCGAAUCCCGAUCAAGAGAUGCAAUGCUGGCCCAUCGUGCAGUUCAAAAAUGGUCUGCGAAGAACCAUCUAUCCAGUCUGCGUUGUCGGUCUACAAGGCGUCACGGGUAUCAAAACCAUGCGAACACAAAUCCCGCUCCUACCAGGCUGGGCUCUCACGAUCCAUAAGAGUCAGGGUAUGACGCUUGACAGGGUGAUUAUCAACUUGAAGAAAUCCUUUGAGCCGGGGCAAGCGUAUGUUGCUUUGUCUCGAGCGACGACUUUGAGAGGACUGAAGAUUGGGGGUGGUGAUAGGAGUGAUCUCUCGAUCGGUGUGGGUGGGAACCAGGAGGUGCAUGAGUAUCUGAGGAAGACUUUCGGGGAUGGUUUGUAUGCCGAUCACCAGGGCCGCACUCUUGGAUCGCGAUAG